AUGGGAGUUUUUUCACGUAAAUCUUCAUUUUCAGAUUUGUCAGUUGUGGUCAGUCCGGAUGAGGUAGUUGGUGCAUUAAUGUCUGUAGACUCUGGAGAUGAAGACUUGGUGUCACUUCAAAACUUGCCGGGAUCUCAACUAAGGGCUGCUGCUGAGGUCCAGUAUGGCAACAGCUGUGGUGAUUGGGAGAGUGAUGAUGAUCUAUCAUUAGCCGAAGUAAACAAAAGGCGACGUCUAAAUUUUGAAAAUGAAUGUGCUUCCACAUCCCAAGCCUCGCUUCUUCAAGGACAAAUAGAUAAUUCGGUUUCACCUGCUGUACCAGUACCUUCUAUUUCAACAAAUGCUCCAACUAUGAUCAACUUCAAAAAUAAUAAAUAUACUUGGAGUUCAAGAGAUACUCAGCCUACGCUCAGUGAUUGGCAUAACCCACAGCGUCCUGACCAGUAUGGUGAUAAAAAUCCCAUUGAAUACUUUGAUUGCAUGUUUGACGACGUGGUUUUGAAUAUUCUUGUGAUAUUUACUAACUUAUAUGCUACAAAGAAGAAUAAAGAAGUUGUUGUUUUACAGUUAUUUUAUGGAAUGGAUAAUUCGGAACAUCUAAAAAAGAAGUGUAAGGAGUCGAGAUCUAGAAAUGUUAUACCAAGCUCUAGUAAACGGCUUCCAUCGGAUAGCCAAAUUGAAGAAUGGCUGAUACAUGAAGGUUCAAGUGGUUCGGAAGCCGAAGAUAUUUGUGAAAAUUACGUCCCAGAACAAAGUGACCACAUUUGGGAAACUGAAGAAAGUGCCUCUGAUAACGAAGAACGCAAAAUACACCAAGUCAUGAGCCGAGAAACAAUUCAGAAGAAUCAGCCUUCAUAA